AUGGCUCAAUUAGAAGCAAUAUUGCGUGCUAGUGGAGAUAUUUAUGACGAUCCAGAAGUUUUAGAACAACUUAGAGAAAAGAGAAUGCGUGCAAAAUGGGCUGAGGCUGCUCGUAAUAGAUAUCACAGAAUGACUGAUGAAGAAAGAAAAUCUCAUAAUAUGAAAAGACGAAUUAAACAACAAGUUUCUGUAAAAAAUGAAGAUAAAAGUGGUGGAAAUUUGGGCGGGGAGGCUAAUAAAAGAAUUAAAGAACAAAAUGCGAGAAAAGCUGAAGCUGCUAGACUGCGUUAUCAUCGAAUGACGUAUGACGAAAAGAAGAUGUAUAAUCAGCGAAGGACUGAAGCAUUUCGACGUAGAAGGAUGGAAGAAGAAACUCUUUUGGCUAUGCCUAUAGGAAGAAUUAAUGGAGAGGCACUUGAUAGAGCACAACAAAUUGUUAUUCGAAAUGCUAAGCGUGCUGAAGCUGCUCGGCUUCGUUAUCAAAGAAUGACACCAGAACAGCGAAGGGCUUACAACCAAAAACGUUACACUCCUAAACGUAAACGUCAAAUAAUGGAAGUUAUCUUGGCAGAUGUUGAUCCAGAUUUAAAAAUUGAAAAAUCAGACGAUGAAGAAGAAUAUGAUGCUCUUUCUUCUCUUGAACGUGACGUUUUAAGGCGUACUCAACAAGCACAUCAAAUUUUGCUUCGUCAGCGUGGUCAACAACAGCAACAGCCCCAACAACCAUCCCAACAACAACAACAGUUACCACCACCACCACCACAACAACAACAUCAUUAUAUUUCGCAUAGGACACCUCCAUUGACACAUGCGUGA